UUCUCAACAAUUUGGCAAUUUCUAACUAAAAACAAUACAUUGACUUGGUAAAACAAAAAUCCUAAAAUACUCCAAAAUUAAUGACAACAUACUAUACUAAAAUAAAGGAAUUUAAUGGAUUGAAGAAAGCAAGAGCAGCACCACUUGAUCACUCAUAACCCACGUUCCCACAUUCAAUCCCAAUUCUACAAGUUAUAUAUAAAUAUAAAUCAAACCAACUCCUAAAACACAACACAACACAACACAAACAUAAGACGUGCUCACAAUACAUCACACACACUUCACUCUUUCUCCUCCUUCUUAAACACCUCAAGAUCACAUCUCAAGAUUUAUAUGGCUCUCGAGACUCUCAAUUCUCCGACUUCAGCCACCGCCUCCGCUCGGCCUCUUCUCCAGUAUCGCGAAGAAAUGGAGCCGGAGAAUCUCGAGCAAUGGGCUAAAAGAAAACGCACCAAACGACAACGUUUUGAUCAGAGUCGUAUGGAUCAAGAAACGGCUCCUUCAGAAGAAGAGUAUCUCGCUCUUUGUCUCCUCAUGCUCGCUCGUGGCUCCGCCGUGAAAUCUCCUCUCCGUCCGUCACCGUCCUCCGACCACCGUGGUUACAAGUGUACGGUCUGCGGAAAAUCGUUUUCCUCCUACCAAGCCUUAGGUGGACACAAGACGAGUCACCGGAAACCGGCGAGCAACGUUAACGUUCCCAUCAACCAAGAGCCGACUAAUAACAGUCAUAGUAACAGCAACGGUGGUUCCGUCGUUAUCAACGGUAACGGCGUUAGUCAAAGCGGGAAGAUUCACACUUGCUCGAUAUGUUUCAAGUCGUUUUCGUCAGGUCAAGCGUUGGGUGGACACAAACGGUGUCACUAUGACGGUGGUAAUAACGGAAACGGUAACGGCAGUAGCAGCAACAGCGUGGAGGUCGUCGGUGGCAGUGACGGCAGCUAUGUGGAUGAUGAAAGAUCGUCAGAACAGAGCGCGACCGGCGACAACCGGGGGUUUGACUUGAAUUUACCGGCUGAUCAAGUCGCAGUUGUGAUAUCUUAACGUUGACUAGGCUCGUUAUAAAAGUCAACUUUCAAUUCAAGCGAGAGGAGUGGGGUUAGUGGACGGUGAAGUAUUAACAGUCGUUUGUUUCCAGUUGCUUCAGCUUGACUGAGUCUGUAAUGAAAGUGAUUGGAGUGGACUUGCGCAUUUGCAGUUGCAUUUUUAUUUUAUUUUUAAGAAAUGUUUAUUUGUUGUUGGAUUUGUUUAUAGAUAGAGGAAACAAUUGAGAUAUUGAAAUAGUUUUUGUCAAAAGAGAAAAAUAAAAAAGAAUAAUACAGAGGUGGAUGAUUGGAUCUUACACGUUAUUAUGUAGUGGACCGUUCUGUUAUAGUUUA